AUGAGUUCCUUAGGAGCUCUGAGUACACCUAAUGAGAAUAAAUGUCUAACUCUUCCAUCGUUCACUUUCUCUGAUUCUCCCUUAUCUGUCGUUCAGGAGUUUAUUGGUCAGCUUCAACGGGCUCAUAAACGAGACGGCACACCAAGAGAAUCAAUACAUGAAUCCCUAGAACGACUACCCACACUGGAGUCUGAAGCAAAAAAGUCGACAUCAUCCUCAUCAGCACAACAUUUUCGUCAGGAAAAAUCUGAUGGCCUUUCAAGAAAUUCAUUUGCACCAGCUGAUUUCACAUCAACGUCACCUAGACACAGUACUGUAACCGGCGGUGUUGGAGGGAAAAAGAACAAACUAGGUUUUCAGUUCUUUAGACCUAAACCUGUUGUACAAUCUGGAGCUAAAUUGGUCCAAGUGAAAGAACUCAAGCGUAUGAUUCGUGCAGGUAACCAAGCCUUAUUAAAUGAUAAAUAUGGACUUGCUUUAUUCAAAGAUUUCCUCAGUACUGAGUUCAGUGAUGAGAAUAUUGAAUUUUGGAUUGCAUGUCAAGAUUAUAAACACACUACAAAUCCUAAAAAGUUGGUUGCCAAAGCCAGUCAGAUCUAUGCAGAAUUUAUAGCAGUUCAAGCUAAUCGUGAAGUUAGUAAUAGUUUAUUUUUUUCUACCAUUUAUAUUUACAUAUGCAAGAACGUAUCUAUAUGUUUGUGUAUGGAUAUAUCCGUGUAUUGA